CCUUGCUGUCCACCUACUGUCCCAUGUUGAAAGGCGUCACCUGUCGUCAAUCCUACAGCUACUCAUCCACCGCAUCUCGACACCUCCAGCGUGCUUUCCCUACAUCAUCGACAUACUCGCUCCGCCCUACAUCCCGACCUCUCCUCCACGCAACCCACAAGCACUACUCCACCACAGCCGAGUGGCCGUACAUCUACCGAAGAGAACCCUCGCCCACCAUGGCCCCGCAACUAGACUCCUACUUCAAGACCGUCGACGACCUCUCCGACCACUUCAUCGGUCGCCUGCGAGACGCCGUCGCCAUUCCCUCCAUCAGCGCCGAGACCGAGAGACGAGGCGAUGUCGUCAAAAUGGGCAUGUUCCUCAAGAGCCAAUUGGAGGCGCUAGGAGCAUACAUGGAGGCGCGUCCGUUGGGGCGUCAACCGGGGAAAGACAUUGACCUCCCACCCGCCAUCAUUGGGAGAUACCCGGCCAAGAAGGAUGACACCAAACGCACGGUGCUAGUCUAUGGACACUACGAUGUGCAGCCCGCGGAUGUGACGGACGGGUGGAACACCGAGCCUUUCAAGCUCACCAUUGACAAGAACGACCGCAUGUGGGGACGUGGGUCAACUGACGACAAAGGCCCUGUCCUCGGAUGGGUCAAUGUGAUUGAAGCGCACAAGAAAGCCGGCGUGCCCUUCCCCGUCAACCUUCUGAUGUGCUUCGAGGGCAUGGAGGAGAGUGGCUCGGAGGGUCUGGACGAUUUCAUCACCGCCGAGUGCAAGCCGGGCAAGUUCUUUGCCGACACCGAGGCUGUGUGCAUUAGCGACAACUACUGGCUCGGCACGAAACAGCCCUGCCUCACUUACGGUCUGCGAGGCGUCAGUGCAUUCGGCAUUGAGAUCAGCGGGCCCAAGUCGGAUCUGCAUUCCGGUGUCUAUGGCGGGACGGUGCAGGAACCCAUGACUGACUUGAUCCGCGUCAUGGCCACUCUGGUCGACGGCGAUGGCAAAAUCCUCAUCCCCGGGAUCAACGAGCUUGUCGCCCCCAUGACCGAGGACGAGAAGAGCCUCUACAAAGACAUUGCCUUCUCCGUCGACGAAUACCAAGAGGGCAUCGGCGCCAAGACGACCAUUUUCCCCGACAAGGAGAACACGCUGCAGCACCGCUGGCGCUACCCCUCCCUCAGCCUGCACGGCAUCGAAGGCGCCUUCUCCGGCGAGGGCGUCAAGACCGUCAUCCCGCGCAAAGUCGUCGGCAAAUUCUCCAUCCGCACCGUCCCCGACAUGGACCUGCAAAAAGUCACCGAUCUGACCGUCGCGCACUGCAACUCCGUCUUCAAGAAGCUCGGCUCGAAGAACACCGCGAAGACCGAGUGCCUCCACGACGGCCGAUGGUGGCUCGCGUCGCCCCGCCACUGGAACUUCACCGCUGCCGCCAAGGCGACAGAGAAGGUGUACGGCGUGAAGCCGGAUAUGACGCGCGAGGGCGGCUCCAUCCCCGUCACGCUGACGUUUGAGGAGGGCACGAAGAAGAAUGUGCUGCUGCUUCCCAUGGGCACGGGCACGGACGGCGCGCAUUCGGCGAACGAGAAGCUGGACAAGAGGAACUAUAUCGAGGGAGUGAAGUUGUUGGGCGCGUAUCUGCACUAUGUCAGCGAGGAGCCGAUGAACUAGAGCUGUAGCUUGUAGACGCCGUCGCUUGAAGACUCCAGCUCGUAGGGAGAUAUGUUCUACGCAACGUUCGCCGAGCCAUUGCACCCAGUCAAGUAUCCACAAUUUACGUCGCAAGGCUAAGACAAUCCACGUGGUGCAUUGAACACGAAGGCAGCCAUGACGACAUCGACUUCUGUCCUCGCGAUUUCCCAUUCCAC